AUGGAGGGGAGCAGCAGCCGGACGCCGGAGAUAACCAUCGUCCCGGCGCCUAGGCCGGCGGCGGGCGGUGGCGGUGGCGGUGGCGCCGUCGAGGCGGUGAAGGCGGCGAGCAAGGAGCCCAUCAGCCCGGGCUCGCCUUCCCCGGCCAGCAGGGAGCGCCCCGGCGCCGUCUCCCUGCCCGGGUGGAAGCUCGACUCCCUCUGCAAGGAGUCCAGCUCGCCGCCGGCCAUGAUGGCGCGCUUCCCCUAUUUCUGA